UGGGCAUCCGAAAGCUUACCAACAGAAGAUAACAAUGUUGAGGAGAUCUUGAUCCUUUGCCGAAAAUUUUUGGUGCAUAAGAAUCUUUUGAAUUGGGCAAACCAUUACAGAGAGCUUGCCUUCAAAAAGGCAAAGCGGGCUCGUGAGACAUAUUUACCUGAGCCGUUAACAUCGACUAAAACUCUUGACUACAUAAAGUAUAACAAUCAGACUCCUGCAAAACCAAGAAGGCCUAGGAAGAAUGAAGAAGUCAACAAUGUUUGA